GCUAUAGAUUCGUGUUUCCACCACUAUAGGUCGUUGCUAACGCUGGAUUCGUUUGUGACGGUGAGUUGAACACGGAGUUGAGUGAGAGAAAGAGAGAGAAAGAGAGAAAAGAGAGGCGAUACGAGACGAUCUUGGUAGCGACAGUAUAUACAUGCUCAGAAUGUUGUACAUCGACGGUACAUAUUUUCGUUUACGAGUCUUGUAACGUUUACAAACGUAAUGGGCUUCUCUCGGCACGUUUGAGACUUGCCGAAUGAGGAUCGCUGAGAACAGGGCGAACGCAACUAGGCUCAUCAGGAUCACAGAGUUGAUUUCGUUUAGUGCCAAACGUGACGAACGCCGAGGCGAUACGAUUUCCGUAGGCAGCACGAGAGAGAAAUCCCAAUCGACGAAAAGGAGGCUUUCUGCCGAUUAGCGACGUGCUGUGAUACGUGUACCAUCAGGACGUCAGACACUGGAAAACUAAUUCACGAGUUCUCCAAGAGCCUACUUUCUCGCACGCAGCCGUCUCGGCGAUAUUCACGUUCACAUUUCAGCGAGAAGUCCUCGAUCCCUAUUAUGUCGGUAAAUUGGAGAACUACAAAGCGGCAUUUAUUUGGGAAUAACUAUUGAGUACUAUCUUUAAACCAUGAGUUUCUCUUUAGAAUCGCCGGAUACUAUUUUAAAGGCAUACGACUAAGAUUAUAUAUGGAAUUAAAAUGGCACGCAGACGUAAAACCGAGGUAAAAACAUCUGAGAAAUCGUCUCAUAAAUAUGUACCUGUACGCAAGUCUAGCAGACAGAUAGCUAAGAAAAAAUUAGAAGAAAAGAAAAUAAAUGGUUAUAUUACAUCUUGCUCAAACAGUUCAGAAGACUCCAAAUCUAGUGAAGGUCAUAGCCAAGUUCUUUCAAAGAAGAAUCAAAAUUCUCAAAAAAAACAUAAUAAACAUAAAGGUACUAUUUCCAGUAAUAGCAUACUUGUAAAUAAUGAGAAUGUUAUAUACAAUGCUACUCAACAUAAGCGGGAUAUAGGUGAAAAUGAUAGCCAGGAUGGUAUAGAUAAUAUGAUUAAAAAUUCAGAAAAACUUAGUCCAGAGGAUGUACAGCAAGUUGUUGUCGGUAAUCCAAGUUCAAGUAGUGAAUCGUUAUCUGUGUCAGCAUCUACAUCAACAUCUGCAUCUUCAUCUACACCAGCAUCAACCAAGACAGAAACAUGGUCAGAAGAUGUUAUAGAGGAAAUGAUAAUCUGUGAAGAGAUGCAAGUAGAAGAAGAUGUUAGAGACAAUAGUUAUUCUUUGGCACAGGAUGAUGUUAUAGUUGAAGAAGUACUACUUAUAAACGAACCUAAUCUAGAAAACAAGAAUUUUGUAGAAUUUACUGUGAUACAGAAUGAGGAUGAUACCGAAUCUACGACGAUGGCAUCUAAGCCAAACAGAAUUUCGAACAAUGAACAUCACAUUAAAGAAGUUCAUAAAGAUAUGAAUAAUGUACAUAUGAAUGAAUCAGAAAAUUCCAUAUCAACUAUGUGUAUAGAUGAAUCAGUAACUUCUUGUAGUAGUGGGAAUAAUAAUACUGCAGAUUCUAAUAUAGAUAAAUCUUAUAUGAACAAGAAGAAAAUUAUAUUAGAAGAUCGGAGUAAAAAACAGAAAAACAAAACAAUUUAUGACAAAAUUAGAAAAGAAAUUUCGGAAUCAAUAUCUGAGAAAGUUCGUUUAUGUUCUAUCAAAGAUGAUUCUGGUUCUUCUGAGGAAGAUAAUUUCAAGCGGGAAAACAAAGACUUACAGGCAAAAAAUAUGCAUGUAGAUUUGUUAAAAGAAGAUACAUUUCAUAAAAUAGACAAUGAACUGGCAAGUAUGCAAAUAAGUGAAUCUUCAAAAGAGAUACAAAAGUUGGUAAAUGAUCUUUCUAGUGUGGAAAGUACUGAUUCUUCGAUACAUACUCCUUUAAAGAUAGAAAAGCUAUCUCCAGUCCAGUUAAAUAUCGAUGAUGAAAGUAGUUCGUCGAUAUUGGAUAAAAUGGAGCAAUUGCAUCGAUCGAAUAAUUCUGUUAGUUCUCACACUACAGAAAUAUUUUCGAAAACUAUGGAACCCAAUAAUAUUAUUAAAAAUCAAGAACAAAAUAUCUUGGAAUCCAAUUCUUGUAUCGAUAAACUUCAAAAUAUAGAUGGAACUUCAUUGAAAUCCAAAAUCACACAGGAAAAGAAAAGUACAAGUCAACAAAAAGAUUUAGAACAUUUAACGACUAUCGAUGAAAAUCAAGAUAGCGAAGGAGAUAAUAAAAUUGAUAAUGAAGAUAUCAAAUUAUGUAGCAGCAGUGAGAACAGUAAUGAUACAUUAGUAUCACUUACUAAUUACAAAGGACGAGAACUUGAUAUAAAAAAUACAGUUAAUACAAAUGACAUUGAUAAAAAAAUUGAAUUCAGAAGUCAUAGUGGAAGCAUUGAUACAAGUUCUGAAAAUAGUUCAAACAGUUCAGGUGUAAGACGAAGUAGUAGAAUUCGAUCUAUUGGAUUGAUGAAACAAAGAUCUCGUGGACGUGGCUUAGUUACAAAAUCUAAUGCUGAUAUUUCAAAAGUUACUCUUCAGCAAGAAAAAGAAAAAAUCGUUAAUAACACAAACUUUUCGAUCACUCAGGAAGUAAAAAUAGAUAAUUCUGAGACUCAAUGUGAUAAGGAAAAUAAUUCUAAUAAAAUUUCAACAUCACUUGAUAUUUUAACACCUUUAAGUAUCAGUUAUAAUACGACAGGAUAUGAUUCUGAUUCUUCAAAACCAGUUAAAGUAAAAUCCCGUUGGCGAAGAUCAAGUGAACUUGAAAUGGGAUCGAAUGCUGGGUUUGGAUCUGUUGUUACUCCUAUAUCAAUGCUUGGAUCAUCUAUUGCAUCUCCACUCGAAUUAGGACGUUAUGCACCAGUAAAUAUAGGAGAAUCUAUAUCAUCAGAAUUCAAAUAUAAUAUUACUAGUACAAAUAUAAAAGUUUGUACAGAAACAGUACAAACGACAGAUAUAUCAACAAUAUCUAGUGUUUCUACUGUUUCGACAAUAGCACAAAUUCCAAAAACUAUAGGAGCAAAAAUUUCGUUACCGAUGGUUCUCGAGACAGAAGAUAGAGAGAUGGAGGAAAGACUCAGUCAGUUUGAACACUUGCAUGAAAAUUUAUAUCUUACUGAAAGAUAUACAAACAAAGAAACUAAAAGAAUGGUAUGUGAUUGUUUUUUAACUGAAGAAGAAAUUGAGAGAGGAGAACUUGGUUGUGGGGAAGAUUGCCUUAAUAGACUCCUCAUGAUAGAAUGUGGACCUAGAUGCGUAGUAGGUGAUAGAUGUACAAAUAGAAGAUUUCAGAAUUGUGAAUAUGCCAAAUGCGAAGUUUUUAGAACAGAGAAGAAAGGUUUCGGAUUACGUGCUGUUGUUGACAUAAUGGCGGGCGAGUUUAUAAUGGAAUAUGUAGGAGAAGUCGUAGAUCCAAAGGAUUUUAGACGUCGUGCGAAAGAAUAUUCCAAAGAUAAAAACAGACAUUAUUAUUUUAUGGCACUGAAAUCUGAUCAGAUUAUAGAUGCUACUAUGAAAGGAAAUAUAUCCCGAUUUAUUAAUCACAGCUGUGAUCCGAAUGCAGAAACGCAGAAAUGGACAGUAAAUGGAGAAUUACGAAUAGGCUUUUUUAAUAAAAAAUUUAUAGCUGCUGGCGAAGAAAUUACAUUUGAUUAUCAUUUUCAACGUUAUGGCAAAGAAGCUCAAAAGUGUUAUUGCGAGGCAUUGAAUUGUCGAGGUUGGAUAGGUGAAACACCAGAAGAAGAAAAGGAGAAGAUUGAAAAGAAAGAAAAACGUGAAAGAGAUACGAAGAAAAAGAAGGAAGAAAAGAAACCUGCUGAUUAUAUGGAAGAUGAAGAUUUGGAGGAAGAAAUAGAUAAGUUGUGCUCGGGUGGUUUGAAAAAUCGUGCGCACACUUUAACGUUAAGCAGGUUAAUGGUUCGUAGUAGAGAAUUGGAACACAGAACGCGUUUGUUACGUCUCAUACAAAGUGGCGAACAACCAUGUCGAAGAUUAUUUUUGGAUUAUCAUGGAUUACGUUUGAUUUGGAGUUAUGUUAUGGAUAUUGCCACAAAUGAAUCAGAAGAAGCUCAACAAUUUCGCUUAGAAGUGUUGAAAACUCUAAAUACACUGCCAAUACCAAACAAGACAAUGUUAAUGGAUAGUAAAAUAUAUAGCGUGGUCGAAAGAUGGGCGAAAAGAAUAUAUCUCUCUCCAAAUGCUGAUUCUCCAGAAGAUGAUCAGAUUAAAUCAAAGAACUGUGAAGAAAUGAGUAGUAAUUCUGACAGCAAUGAAAAGAAAAGUCCUAAUGAACGUCUGAAUGACAUUCCAGAUAAACGUAAUAAUAAUAUUGAAAAUUGUUUGGCAGUUAACGAAGUUAAAUCAGAGACUACAGAUCAGAAUCUUAUCCCUGACUUAGCCUCCAGUCUUCUUGCUGAAUGGUCAAAUCUAAAAGAAGUUUUCAGAAUACCUAAAAAAGAAAGAAUUGAACAAAUGAAAGAGCAUGAAAGAGAAGCAGAUCGAGGAUAUAGAGAGGAAUUAGAGAAAGAAGAAAAGAGAGGCACAUCGUAUGAUAGACAUAGAUCUGAUAGAUACAAUCGAAGUGAAGCAGAUAAACGUGGCGAUAGAAGACGAGGACGAGAAUCUCCAGAAAUUGAUCAUAGUAGAACAAAAGAUAAAAGAUUAGAAGAACGAAGUCUAGUUCCUAUACCACGAAUGACAAAAUACGAACGUAGGCAAUUAUUUGCACUGAAAGUUGCAAAAGAAGAAGAAGAAAGACAACGUCGUCAACAACAAGAAUCAUGGCAAGAACAUGAGAAUAGAUGUUUGGCUUUGGGUAUAGAUCCUCAUACUACUGCCAUGGUUGAUCCACAAACUGGUUAUCGUUUUUAUAAUCCAACUUUAGGCCAAUGGCAGCAUUAUUCUACUCAAGAUGGAGGAGAAGCAACGCAACAAUGCACUUCUGUAUAUGUAGGAAGUGCUCAGUCUACUGGUAUGAUGGGACAGAGUCCUCAUGUAUUGCAAUCAACAAUGACAACCGAUAUGUCAUCCGGAAUUACAACUGGUAUUACACCUGGUGUACCACCCGUAGCUUAUUCAUUAAGUCAAACAUCUGUGUUCAAUCAAACAACAUCUUCCUACUCUUUGAUAUCACAUCCACAAUCAUAUAACGAAGGGCAACUAUCUCUUCCAAAUAGUUUAAUAUCUGGUCAUGGUGGUACCUCCUCUAUGUCAAUUCAAGCGCCUCAUUAUAACCACAUCGAAAAUCCCACAGAUCAAUUCUCUAAUCUUACGUCCGCGGAAAGUGUUACGAGUCGACCACAACCUGAAAUUCCGGCAAUAGAUUUGCCACCGAAAUGGAAAAGCGCAACAGAUGGCAGAGGUAGAACAUAUUAUUAUCACGUGAAGGAAAGAAUAUCGCAAUGGUUACCUCCGCCGCCUGAUCAUAUCGGAGUACAGCCAGAUUCGUCAUCUACAUCAGAAUCUAGCGAAGAAUCCAGUUCAUCGAACGAAGAUGAUGAAGAUAUUGAUGAUGACCAUAAUGAGGAUCAAAGAAACGAUGAUAUGGAGACAAGUAGUGUUCCAGAAAGCCCUUCGAGCACAUCCAAGCCAAAUGUAUCUAAAAAAUUAGGCAGUCAUAAUUUGACUGGAAGUUCACUGCCGUUUCCUGAAUCUAAGAAGAGAAGAGAUGGAUUGGUUCAAGAAAGAAUUAUUAGCCCACGUAGAGAAGAAGAUCGUAUUGAUCAUAAAGCGUAUAAAGAAAUAAAAGAGAAAUUACGACGACAGAAAGAAAGAACGAAACUAAAGGAUCAUGUUGAAAAAUUAAGGAAACAUAGACGAAGUAAUAAAUCCAAGUCUCAUUCGCGACAUGGAUUAAACAAAUUGCAAUCAACAUCAGCUGAGAUGUCUCCUAUGUCUGAAAGAAAGAUCAAGGAUACAUUUAGAAUAAAUAUGGCUAAUGUAAUGGUUCAUUUCUUAAAUCCAUAUAGGAAAAAUGACUGCAAACAAGGUAGAAUAACUAAUACUGAAGAUUUCAAACAUCUAGCUAGAAAGUUAACACAUUUUGUACUUGCAAAAGAAUUAAAACAUUGUAAAAGCGUCGAUGAAUUACAAUGUAAUGAAAAUGUUAAACAUAAAGCAAGAGAUUUUGUACGUAAGUACAUGAGCAAGUUCGGGGCAGUGUAUCAGAAAGGUACAGAUGAAGAUUAGCUGUGUAAUUUAUAAGAUGGAAAAAAUUGUUAUUUAUUGCGCGAGCACUUUAUUUCGGCUACCGCGAAAUAUAUAUUUAGAUAAAUAUGUUUUAAGCUCGUAUGUGUAGAUAUACAUUUGUAAUUGUAUCAUUGUAAGAUAGACAAGUUUGUAUAUGCGUGAAUGAAUGUUUUUUCAUGAUUUAGCAGUUAAUAAAUUUUAGCAAAUUUUUAAUUUCUCAUACAUUUAUGUAUAAAUUGACACACGUUCAUUUAUACAUGCUAACUCUAUGCAUGUUGUAUCUUUUAUAAAUAUUGUAACUUAUAUGCCAAUAUACACACAACAGUGUAAAAUACUCUAAUAGUUGUAUAAGAUUUGACCUACCUUUUCAAUAUCAGUGUCUUAAAGUUAAUAUUCGAUAAAUAUUUAUUUAUGUAACGUUAUGAAAGAAUUUUUGUAAAUAAUAGAUUAUAUACAUUUUUAACUGCUUCACUGGGUUGCUAUUGUAUGUGCUUGCUGACGAUCAUGAUCAUCUAAUAUUUAUAAAAACUUGGACAAAAGAUGAAAACAUAAAUCUUGCAUUUAUAAAUUUAAUUUUGUAUUGCUAACAUUUUGUCUUUACACAUUACAAAAAUCAAUUCUGUGAUGCGUGAUUUUCGAAACAAAAGCAAUGUAAGAUAUUCAAUAAAAAGAAUUCUACAUUUA